AUGCAUUUCGCAUACCCUCCUCGCAAGAACUCCAACCCACCACCCUUCGGACGACGAUCUGGGAAUAUCCCACCGAUGCUACGACGUCUUCGCAAGAGAACGAUUCUCUUAGGCUUCCUUGGUAUCGUUGGACUGGUAUACCUUCUAUUCGGUUCAAGUAGCGGGGCACCCUACCACGAGCAUAAACCAUCAGGAAACCCUCCGGCAGUCAUUGUGACAGUUUUCGAUCAUUCGCAAUACAGUACCUCUUAUUUGGAGUCGAUUCGAACAAAUCGUGAACAUUAUGCCAAGAGACAUGGAUACGAAGCCAUGGUCGUAAAAAUCGACGAUUACAAUACAGGCGAAUCUCCCAAGUCAUGGGCCAAGAUCAUGGCAGUGCGCCAUGCGCUCUCGAAAUACCCCGAUGCCACCUAUGUCUGGUUCCUUGAUCAGAACGCCUACAUCAUGCAGCUGGACCAGACAUUAGAAGAACAAGUUAUGAAGCCUGCGACGUUGGAAGGACUCAUGAUUAGGGACUGGUCUGUAGUACCACCUGAUAGUAUCAUCAAGACGUUCUCUCAUCUCAAAGGCGAAGAUGUGAACCUGGUUAUCAGCCAGGACGAAGUCGGACUUGUAACUAAUAGUUACGUCCUGAAGAACGGCGACUGGGCCAAAUUCUUCAUUGAGACUUGGAUGGAUCCUCUAUACCAGAGCUACAACUUUGAGAAGGCUGAGCGACAUGCCCUUGAACAUAUCGUUCAAUGGCACCCAACCAUCCUCUCCAAGCUCGCACUCGUACCUCAGCGCUCCAUUGCAUCAUACGGCCGUAACAAAGAAGGUAAUGCCUUUAGAGACGGCGAUUUUGUUACGCUGAUGGUCGACUGCACCGUCACAGGCCAAGCAUCUUGCGAUAAGCUAUCGCACAUCUACCAGAAACAGCUGAAAGCCAAGUUUGGCGAGGACGCAGCUUAG